AUGGUGCAGGCCUCCGGCCCAGUUGAUCGCAAUAUCUGUCUGCUGUUUGUUCAACUUCACAGCACCGGCUGGAGCAAUGAAAAAAAACUUGAUGUAAUCGUCACUGUGAUACUUGGUCAUCUCCUCUCCGCUGGCUUUGUGUGGACGCUGCAACAGAGGGGACAGUUCAGAUCCUCCGACACACAAUCAAAGGCCAUAGUUGAGCAACAGGUUGUGUGUCAUGCGGAUUCGGUGGGGCUUCAUGGGGUGGCCCUGACCAUAGUAAUAAUUUCCAACAUCACCUGGAGAGAGAAUGAAAAAAACAGAGCA